AUGUCAUCACCGAAGAGAGAACCUCAAGGAAAUGGCUUUGCAAGACCUGCGCUCACCCAAACCAAAAGAGGAAACAAGUCUGACUGCUCAUCAGACUGUAGUUUUGAACCUGCAGAUUCUCAGCCUCGACUGCUAAGUCGUCAAUCUCUUUCUGCCACACCAGCAUUUAAGCGAGAACCCUCACCUUUUCGCACCCUCAGUUUUAGGACCUUGUCUCCGCCGCAAAAUGAUCCGUCUGUUGUUAAACUACCUCAACUGGUAUCACAGAUGGGCAUUGGACUGGCAGUCAGAGAGACUGUGUGGAACGAAGGACCCCGUUUCGUGACUCCUGUCACAGAAACUCAACACUCAAGUAUUGUAACUAGUUUGUCUGUUUUUCCAAGCGUCCCAAAGAAAAACACUAAAACAGGGAAAGUAUGCAAACCCAAAUACAAACCACUCACUGGAGCUGAGGUUGUUGAGAUAUUAGCCAAGAAAAAGCAUCUGGGAGAACAUGAAUUUUACUAUUUGAAGGCUUCUGAUGAUGGUCCUUACAGACCAUAUGACUUGCGAGUGGUCUCCCGCAGUGCAGUGGGUGCAGAUUACCACACCUUCUCCCCCACAAUUAUAACACAUAUGCAGGACGGCUUCUGCGUUGAAAUCUGGACCCUGGCAGAGUGGUAUCGAGAGUCUGUGCUUUGCGGAGCUUUGAGAGAAAUCCCAUGUAUCAGAGAUUUUUUACUGCGCAAGACCUUCAAACGAUGGCACAGAAAUGCACACAAGGUUACUGUCGAACGCAGGAUUGACUUCCUUCCGUCUCAGCUGCUGAUAGCAGUGCCCCAGUUCAGGGAUGCCUUACUACAUAUCUCCAGAUUAAUUGAAGAGCUAAAGCAAGUCAAUUGGCUGCCACAAGAUGAUUCAAGGACUUACACACUCCUAGAUUUCCAAAGUGCACUUCUGGAAAAGAAUCAGACGGCUCAAGUUUCUAUACAUGGUUUUCUACAUUGUCGUGCUGCAGUACUUGAUGUGGUGAAGGAUAAGAGUUACCAAGCACGUCAGGAGCUCCAGAUGAGAGUGGAACACACAAAGCUCUACCAGAACAGUCCAUCCCUACACCUUCAGCUCACAUACUUUAAAACCCUACAGAAAGAACUCAGUAAGGCAGAGCAGGACAUACAGUCGCUGGGAAACCUCGCUUCUUUAGCUGACCACAUGACUAUUCAAAACCUCAUCACCAUCUCAAAGCGUGAGAUCACAGCAUUCCUAAACAAUGUUUUAAAAAGAGAACGGGAGCAACUGGGUUGUCUCUUUCAGGCAGAGAUUGUAUUUGGAGCAGAUGAUCAGCUUACUGUUUUUCCUCCAUUGCACUUAUUUCAAGAGGUUUUGCUUGGAGCGGUGCUAUCAGUAGCAGACUCUGUCCUGCGGGUAUUUGACUCCUGCAGUUUGCCAUGUGACUCUAAAGGCUGUUUUCCCAACAGUUGUGUUGAAGACCUCAUUUCAGAAUUUAAAGCCAAAGGUUGUGAAGUAACAGAUCCUUACAGUGUUUCCUCCCAAAUGAAGCAUGAAAUGUCACCCCAAACUGUAGUGCCAGUCAAAAUGAACUCUCUCAGAGUUCAGGCACAAAGAGUGCAAGGCCAUUAUCAGCCUCUGUCACAGAGACUGCUGGAGUGGAACUUAAAAGCUCACAUCGGAGCACAAGAGAUUCAGAAUGAGAUGGAAAAGAUUGCACAGGACGCCAUUGCAGAGGUGCACCAGCAGUGUGAGAGCCGCUCUUGGUUGAUAGGUGUUCAUCUGUUUGCCAGGCAGUGGGGUUCAGCCUCUCUAGAGACCUUGCGUGGAUGUUCCCCGCUGAAAUAUGAGGAGCUAAUCAAGAAACUUCAUUUUUGGAUGGACAAAGUUCACAGCAUUCCUCAGCUCUUUACUACAUCAAAUAAGUUGUUCGUUGUCGAGUUCUCCAACAUCCAAAAGGAUAUCGGCUCCACCUUAAUCACCAUUGACGAGGAUGUGCUAAAGCUACUGUGUGAAGAUCUGCAGAUACGCUCUGAGAAUCUCACUUCUCAGCUGAAAAGAGCUGUGGAAGUCAUGGAGUCUGAGCCAAAUACUUUUCACAAGUUUACAGUUUUUUCAAACAUGGUAAAGCGCAGUGAGAGAAUGUCAGGAGAUAUGCAGCAGAGGCUGGAAGACCUCCACUCUCUACAAGAAACUGCGAGAAGGAAUUAUAUUCAUAUGGCUUCAAACAACGCUCUCUCAUUGAAGCAGGUUGAUGACUUGUGGAAUCAAUUUGUUCCACUCCUGAAACAAGCUGCAGACACAGUGUCCCAGCAGCUUCCGUCUAUGCUUGAUACACUGGACAGUAAUGUUUCCUCAUUAGUGAACAAAUUAGACAGCCUGGUUUCCAGAGCCACCUCCGGACUAUAUCUCGACCCUGACCAGAAUGGCAAAGAAAUGCUUGACCAGCUGAAACCGUUGUGCAGUCAAUUUUAUAUGAUUGCUGAGCAGUUGAAAGAUCAGAGCAGAGCCAGUGAAAUUCUGAGAGGUCACCUACUGGAUCUCACUUUUGUGACUGUAGCACAGCAGAAUAUUGAAGCAAGGAGAGGGCUCUGGGAGCUAAUGAGCAUGUCGUCCUCAAAAAUCCAAGAGUGGAAGCUGCUAAAGUUCAGGAAGUUUGUGGUUGCUAAAACCCAAGACAAGGUUAAUGAAUGGCUACAACAGGCAGAGGCAUUUGCAAAAGUUAUACCCUCCCAUGAUCCUUUGCUACAGAAAACCCUACAAAUUUUGCAGGGGUUCAGCCAGCUACUCUCUGUAUUGAGUAAGCUGAGUAGCCCCACACUGAAGCAAAAGCACUGGAGAAACAUCUCAAAGGGAGUUGGUCUGCCGUAUGACCAGGAAUUGAAAGUAACGGUGGCUGAUCUCAUGUCCAAAGAGCUACUGAGGGAUCAAAAUAAAAUCAACAAGAUCUAUCUAGAUGCCAAAGCUGAGGCAGACAUGGAACAGACAUUCAGAGCACUUCAGAGACAAUGGGAAGUGGCAGAAUUCCAUCAUACCAGGUUCAUCAUUACUGUCCAGGAACAGCAAAGUCCUCCACUAGAUGAUGUAAAGGAGAAACCUCAAAAUGCACCAAAGCAUCACAUUAGUGAUGGUGGAACCUUCACUAUUAUUGGUUUAGAGACGCUUUUGGCUCAGACUAAGGAAAGUGUUCUGACAUUUUCUGAUAUGCUGCGUUCACCACAUGUUGCUGAGUUUCAGAAAGAGGUUGAACACUGGCUGCUGCUUUUACAAAAGCUAGAUGAAUUGCUUGAUAUAUUCGAGCGAUUUCAGCAGAAAUGGAUCUUUUUAAGUAGAACAUUCAAUGAAAUGCACUCCCAAAACUCUGAGUUGCGCGAGAAGUUUCACCCGGUGGAUAAGGUAUUUCGUGAAAUCAUUGAGAUUACAGUUAAUGACCCAAAUGUGUCGAGUUUUGUUCAAAUGAGUGAAACAACAAAGGCCAGUGACCAGUUACAAGGACAGAGUCUAUAUGCUGCCUUUAUGAAUGGACUCACCACAAUGGAGGAGAUUUCCAGUCACUUACUCUACAUCUUAGAGUCACCACGAAGCCAGUUCCCUAGACUCUACUAUCUCAGUGAUGGAGAAGUGAUGAAACUUCUCUCUUUACAGCUCCCAGCACCUUCCUCCCUUUUACCUCUGGUGAAGAAAUGCUUCAAGGGAGUGAAGCAGCUUGAGGUUCAAGUUGAAGGUGAUAUUUGCCGAGAAAAUUAUUUGUCAGUUCUAAGUAAUGAACGAAUGUGGGUUCAUGGUGUAUAUGGAGAAUUUGGUGAACACGUUCCCUUCGUCUGUCCUCUUGAGUCAAACCUCAGUCCUGUGGCUUGGCUUAGUCUCUUUGAGCAAAAAUUAAACCAAGCAGUGAGAAAGACACUUCUGAAAUGCUUAGCUGUCCAGCAAAAUUCAAAGCCCGAAAAACUUCCAGGCACCCCAAACCUGAUUGGGAAUAGCAAGGGGAACAUUUCAGAAGUAGCCCAUGAUCCUCCUUCUCUUUUGAAUCUAAUAUCUCAGUUUCCUUUGCAAUCCAUUUUGGUGGCAGAGGAGGUUUUGUGGUGUAGUAUGGUCCAGAAGUCAUCACAUUUUACUACUACUGGCAUGUGGAUGAAAAUCAAGUCCCAAAAUGCAGCAAAACUGCAGUAUUUGUGCCAGCUUAUAAAAGAACAAGCGGCAAAUUCAAAUGAGAAACCAUCCAUACGUGCUUUGACAGCUCUGCGUGUCUUGGUUGUGCUAACCAUGAAGCACUCUGACCAAACCGAUAGGCUUGUUGAAGUAAAAGGAAAUUUGGAGUCCUCUUUUGAAUGGCACAAGCUUAUGAAAUAUUACAUCAUCCCAAAUCCCAAUGCAACGACUUCUGAUUUACUUCCAUCUCAAGAGGAUCAGUCUGUCUGUGUUGAUAUUCUGAGGACUCAAUUGCCAUAUGGCUAUGAAUACAUUGGACCUGAGAACUGGACGAUGGUGACUACCCCUUCAACUGAGCAAGCUUAUAUGAGCAUAAUUCUUGCCCUAUCAAGCUUCAAGUGUGCUUUCAUUAGUGGACCCCACAUGUCAGGCAAACAGCAUGCCGCUGUGCAAUUGGGUUAUGCUUUGGGACGACAAGUGGUCAUCUUGAAGUGUUGUUCAAGCACUGGUUCCUCAGUUGUUUUCCAAAUGCUUCUAGGUGCUUUUCAAACUGGGGCUUGGCUCAUCCUUGAUUCUGUGGAUAUGUUGGGACAAGGGACAUUGUCUGAGCUGGGACAACAUUUGACCGAAAUUCAUCAACAUUUAUCAGCAGUUCAAAGACAAGCACAAGAGAAAGGACAUGAGUUGUCCUCCACUGUUGGAAAGUGUAGCAGUGGAGAAUCAAUCAAAAAGUUCAACAGUACAGUGAGUGAGGUGGAAUGUCACAUUGCUGGAAAAAUGAUUUGGGCCAAGCUAACUUAUGGAUGUAUCACAAUCUCAGCGAAUGGCUACUCAACUGAGAUACCAGAAAAUUUGAGAGCAGCAAUGAGGCCUGUUGCAAUGAUGCAGCCACACUACAGAAUCAUUGCAGAAGUGAUGUUGGUGUCAUUCGGAUUCUCUGAAGCAGCUUCCAUAAGUCGCCGACUGGACUCUCUCUUUAGCCUGGCUAAGGAUUCCCAUUGCCUCCCUGAUUUUGUCAGUGGAAAUCAGACCUCUUGGCUUGUCCUUUUUAAAAAUGUGAUUGUUGCCUCAGGAGCACAUUUCCAUGUCUCUCAUCAUUUGAAAGAAAGUGAUGAAGGUACAUUUGAAACCGGAUCUACAAAUACAAAUCUUGAAACAGUGCAUGUGAGUUUAGAGGAGCAAGCAGCAAUCAAAGGAGUUCUGUCAGUCAUGCAGUAUACUGUGUCAGAUCCAAAGAGAGCAUCACAGUUUUAUACCGUAUUUGAGGCAAUCUUUCCAAAAGUGAGGUCCAUUCCAAGUCUACAACAGUUCAUUGAUGAAGGGGAACAAAGUGUGCUUAGAAAUGCAGUGAAAGAGGAGUUGCAUAAACAAGGAUUUUAUGCAGACACACAAAUGCUUCACAAUGUAUUUAACCUGCAUCAAGCUCUGAAGCUCUCCAAUGUUGUAGUGCUUGUUGGACCAGCAGGUAGUGGCAAAACAACUUUGUAUCAAGCCCUUGUAAGUGCACUUCAAAAACUUUCCAAGGAUCUGGAGGUUGAAUCUAACAGUGAUCCUAAAGGAGAUCUUAAAGACAUAUAUCAUCAUUUGUCUAAGUCAUGUUGGACCUCUGUGAGCACUGAGGUCAUAUUCCCCAAUACCUUGUCCCACAAACAGUUUUUUGGUGGUUAUUUUGGCAUGGACAACUCCUGGUAUGAUGGAGCUUUCACUAAAGCAUUAAGACACUCUGAGCAGCCAUUGCCUAUCGACCUUUUCAAAAGAAAGAAAACAUUGCAAACACGGCGAUUGAAAUGGAUUGUGUUGGAUGGCGAUCCAUUUGGCAGACCUGCUUGGUUGGACUCUUUGACUACUCUUUGCGAUCUUGAACAUCCGUAUCUUUACCUUUCAUCAGGAGAGAAAAUUGAGCCAUCAAAACUGAAAAUACUAGCUGAGGUCACAAACCUUGGUGAUUCAACCCCCUCUGUUGUGACACACUGUAGUCUGGUAUAUGUUUCUGGAGAGAACCUGUGGAGAUCUGUGUGGAAGUGUGAGAUGGAUGUGCUCUCUAGUGAGUAUAAUAUGGACCAGAUUACUCUGGAAAUGUGGAGUCACCUUGCUGAAGACCUUUUCUCUGACACACUAGAGUUUCUCAAAAACAAAGCACUUUCUCCAGCGCUGGCCAGUGAUGGAUGUGAAGCCAGACAUUCAUCUAGGAUGACUGAUGGUUUGCAGGAAAUAAUGUCCUUUGUUAAGAUUCUUCGUGUACUUUUGGAGCAUUCUGGAAAAUCAGAAGACUUGAAAUACACUUCAAGGAAAUCAGAAACAACAGAUAAUGCACAAGUUGUCCAGCCACCGUGCAGUGAUGCCAUGGCUCCCUCAACUCAAUGGGGCUUGCAAGCAAGAAACCUCUUCAUUGUAGCUUACAUUUGGGGAUUUGGAGGACAUUUGAACCCUAGACACUGGCCACAUUUUGAUCUUUUUGCACGGGAGGCUCUACAUAAGAGCCAUUGUAAAGUUGAGACUCCACCAGACGGCACAGUAUUUGAGCAUUUCUUUGAAUUCAGUGCAAUGAGAGACACAACCAAUUUCAUCAACUACAGUAGGCGUAAGAGUCCACAGCUCUUCUUCACGUCUGUGCCUCAG